AUGGGCGUUAGCAUGAGGGUCGACACCCAUCGGGCCUUGCUUUCGGUAGGCAUUGGAGUCAUUGGAGAUGGUAGUUCAGAUAGUGUUGGGUCUCAAAACUGCGACCUCGACGGGCUUUUUGGGCCAUCCCUGGCAGAUGCCGUGGUCGACACUGCUGCAGAAGGUCUGGAGGUGUCUGACCUGAACGAGGUGAACGAAGCCAACUUUCUUGCAGAUGACUUGACAGAUGAGGCGUCCAAGGUCAAGGGCCGAAGUCGCGCGGCUUGGCCCGAGAGUCGCGAGGUUUCGAAGAAGUCGGCCAAGUCGCAGGCCAACACCAACAGGACGGCCGAGAGCAGCAAGGAUGGCCGAUCAGCUUGGUCCCAGGAUUCCAGAAUGCCGCCCUACCCCAGUGGCCGGAGGAAGUACCUGUCCUCCGUGGAUUUGUACCAAGCUCUUCAGGCUCAACAGGGGGCCAGCUGGCCGGAGCGGAUCGUCACGCACGACUACUUCGACUACGUUAUGGGCCUGAUCUUGAUGCUGAAUGCCAUCCUAGUUGGAAUACAGGUUGACGUGGCUUCGCAGCUACCCAGCGAUCCGAUCUGGUCUCGCGCUAUCGAUAUCAUUUUCUGCUUAAUCUUCGUGUUGGAGCUGGUACUGCGAGUGUCUGCAUUUGGCCAGACCUUCCUGAACAUGGAAGGUUGGCAAUGGAAUCUGUUUGACCUCCUCAUUGUGGGCUUCAGCGUUGCCGACGAGGCCACAAAGCUUAUCCUCAGCGAUGGUGAGGUCCAGGAGGUGUUUGACAGUUUCGGCGUGCUGCGCCUCUUGCGUGCCUUGGGCUUCAAGCAGAGAUCUGUGGAGUUGGCGCUUGGUGUCGGAGAGACGCCGGCUCGACCUUCAGCGUCACCCGCUCCAGAUCCGACGAAGGUCAUGAGGAAUGUUUUCCCGUGCUUGAAAUUGCCUGAACGACUGGCCAUGGCGAGAAUAUGCCGAAGUUGGUACCGAGUCCUCCCUCCUCGCGAUGCAGAGAUUUCACGGGCUGUGCAGGCACACGGAUUGGCCUCCGUCAUCGACAAGAACUGGUCUGUGCAUUUCCGUCACAACGACUCACAGGGUUGGGACUCCAUUUCCGUCCGACUCGAGUAUCUUGGGCGAUCUCCGUCGCUGAAGCAGAAAUUCCGACCUCGCUUCGUGGGGAUCUGCUUUGGGCGAUUCCAGAUUCCAGAUCCAUGGCGGAAGAAGGACCGCCUCGCGAGCAGCCAUCAACACGAGCAGCUUCAGCAGGUCAUGAAGAAGUACGGAAUCAGAAAAGCUGACCAGGGAGAAGGGAAAUUUGAGUUUCUGAAGGUCAUCGUGGGACUCGAUGUCUUAAUCGACCACAUCGAUGAUUAA